AUGAAUGAACCUUCCACCUUCAAAAAGAAAACAAAAGAACCUUCCACCUCCAAAAAGAAGAUGAAAGAACCUCCCACCUCCAAAACAAAAAUAUCUAAUGCUACACCUGAAUCCUCCACUGAUGAUCUACAAACACCAUGCCGUGUACCAAAAUUGAAGUCAAAUGUUACUGAGCUCCGUGAAGGCCUUGUAAAGAGCUUCGACAAGAUGGCCUCUCGUCAAUUCACCCAGAGUCAACUUGUUAAACUUAAAUCACAUGUUACGGGUAAACAGAGCAAAGGCGUCAUGCAACCCGGAGAUUAUCAGAGACCUCACAUAGUUUCUUUGGAAGAAACGUCGAAAAAAGAUCGUGACACCAUCCGAAAAGCCUUACACUGUUACUGUCCCCAGUUAUGGAUCCCCCUCAAUGUAGCAGAAAGUCGUCCUAUGUUACUGGCUCUCUACAAUCAUUGUCUCCUGGAUGAGGAGGAGCCAACCCUAUGUCAAGGAGUACAUUAUGAUAUAUUUCCAAUUGAGUAG